AUGUUAGAAAUGCACAACUACAUGUGGGACAUGUCGACCCAAAUUCCGACCAUCGUGGCCGAAAUCUGCGACACGGAGGAGCUGUUCGAGGCGGACGAGGAGGUGAUAGAGGAGGACGACAUCACCGACAUCUCCUGGCUCGCCGGCUACAAACUGGAGGCGGAACCGCUGCCCGAAUCGGACGACGAAGAGGAACCAGUCGUCAGCAAGACGGUAAACGAUGAUUCGUUAAGCCCGAUAAGACCGAUGAGUCCCCUGAACCCGAUGUUCACGUCGCCCCUGUUCCGCAGCGGCAUGAUGAUGAAGCCGCCCUUCACCUAUACCGAAAUACUGCAGGUGGCACUGUUCGAACGGGGCGACAUGACCGUGUCGGAGAUCUACGUGUGGGUGUCGAAGCACUUUCCCUUUUAUCGCAUCAACGACGCGACGUGGAAGAACUCGCUGCGGCACAAGCUGUGCACGUCGCCGAUCUUCCACAAGAAGCACAAGAGUCUGAGGGGUGCGGGACAUAUGUGGUCCAUGUCCGGCAUGGAGGAGGAGACGAUAUUGGCAACAAAACAGAGAAUGGAGCAGUACAUAAUGCAGAACGAGUACGCUAGCCAGUGUUUGGUGAAGUCGCAGGAAGAUUCGGAGUCUUAUUAUGUCGAAUUGCCCAAUGGUUAUCAGUAUUUGGAGGACGUAGAUUUACAGGACAUUCCAGAAAACAUUUAG